UUUGUAAUUUACCCUAUAAAUUAUAAAGGUUUUAUCUAUCUUCGACAAGAGCAAUUCAUCUCUUUCACAACUCCGACGAAAAGGGGGAUUGAUCUAGGGUUUUUUUCGUUGUAAAUUAUACGGCGGAGACGGCGACAUCGGCAAAGGAAUUGACUAGAUACGGCGGCGGCGGCGGCGGCGGCAGUGAAGACAGAUAAAAGUUGGUGAUCGUAUCCCAGUCAAAGUUCCAUGGAUUAUAUUUGUUAUGGUGAACAUUGGGACCUCGAAGAUGUGGAUACCCGCCCCCCAGAAAUGAUUUUUCUCUUCCAGAUAUAUUACUCAUGCCUUGGAGAAAAAAAAAUCAGUCAACUCCGAGAUAGCCUCAUAACCGAAGUUUCCAAAUUUCUCUCAGUUUCAAGGGGCAUUGCCUGCACCCUCUUGGUCCAAAACCGUUGGAGUACGACUCUGCUUUACGACAAAUGGUUUUCUGAUGAGAAAAGUGUCCGCGAGGCAGUUGGUUUAUUGCCGGAAAAACAAGAAUCACCGAAACAACUCGACUUUUGUUGCUGCAAUAUUUGUUUCGGAGAAAUCAAGAUUGAGAAUACAUUGUCCGCCCCCUGUGGGGCCCACCCCUUUUGUCUCGAUUGCUGGAAGACUUAUCUUACUGUCUCCAUCAACAACAAUGGCCCUGGAUGCUUGAAGAUGCCUUGCCCCGAGCCUGGAUGCAAAGCCUACGUAGGUUUAGACAUUGUCGACUCUUUGGCUUCGGAUUCCGAUAAAGACAAGUACUAUGGAUAUUUGUCGUCUUCUUAUGUUGAAGGCACCUUGAAUCUGAAAUGGUGCCCAGGCCCGGGAUGCAAUUUAGCGAUCCGGUUAGACGAGUACGGCCCCAAGGGCUAUGACGUGACUUGCGAUUGCUCUCACAGGUUUUGUUGGAAUUGCUUGGAGGAGACACAUCGCCCUAUGGAUUGUGAGACAGCGGAUACGUGGCGCAAGCAAAACACUUGCUUUGAGGCGGACACCGUUAGAUGGAUAUCGUCUUACACGAAGCCCUGUCCUAAGUGCCGUAGGUACAUAGAGAAAAACCAUGGAUGCAAUCAUAUGACAUGUGGAAGCCCCUGUGGGUUCCAGUUUUGUUGGUUGUGCCUCGAGAAAUGGAGCCACGAGUU